AUGAGCCAGAAAGAAGAAGAAAUGGAGGACAGAUCCCCGCCACUCUGUGUUACCUGCGGCCAAGCGCAUUUACCGGAAGAAAACCACUUGUACAGCUACACCGAAGAAGUAGAUGAUGAUCUGAUAUGCCACAUUUGCCUGCAACCUUUGCUUCAGCCAUUAGACACGCUCUGUGGCCACACCUUCUGCACAGCCUGCCUUACGAACUUCCUUGUGGAAAAGGACUUCUGCCCCAUGGACCGCAAGCUUGUGAUUCUCCAGACGUGCAGGAAGUCCAGCAUACUAGUGAAUAACCUCCUGGACAAGCUAAUGGUUAGCUGCCCUUUCACAGAACACUGCUCAGAGGUCGUGCAACGCGGUCACCUAGAACAGCAUUUCCAGACCCAAUGUAAAGGAGCAUCCCACUAUGGCCUUACUAAGGAACGGAAGAGGCGUUCCCAAGACUGCUCUCCGGACCAUGACUCCAGCUUAGCAGUAGCCGCCCUGGGCCCUGAGCUCUCCGCAGCUGCGGCCAUCGCCUUAAUGACAGAUGAGCCGGGGCUGGUGAACCCGGCCUUCAGCCCCACCUCUGAGGAGAGCCAGUCGGGCAGCAGCCCCGGAGACCUGCAUCGCAGCAACCGAAACAGAACUCGACACUUUGAACGCUCCACUAUAAGAAGCAGAUCUUUUAAAAAAAUAAACAAGGCAUUCAGUGUUCUUCGAAGGACAAAAAGUGGAAGCGCGGUUUCCAACCAGGCUGACCGGGAAAGGGAGACUGUUGGAAACUCUGCUGCUGGGGAGGAAGGUUUUCCCAGACUGUAUCACCUGAUCCCAGAUGGGGAAAUUACCUGCAUUAAGAUCAACCGUACCGAUCCCCAUGAAAACCUGGCCAUUAGGAUUGUGGGAGGCAGUGAGACUCCUUUGGUUCACAUUAUCAUACAGCAUAUUUAUCGAGAUGGGGUAAUUGCCAGAGAUGGAAGAUUGCUGCCUGGAGACAUGAUACUAAAGGUAAAUGGCAUGGACAUCAAAAAUGUGCCUCACAACUACGCCCUGUCAAUCCUGAAGCAACCCUGCCAUGUGCUCCGACUGACAGUGCUCCGAGAGCAGAGGUACCGAUGCCGAAACAGCGGACUUUCCCUUGAUGCUCACUGCAAUAGGGAUGACAGUUUCCAUGUUGUGCUAAACAAAAGCAGUCCGGACGAGCAGCUGGGAAUAAAGCUGGUCCGCAAGGCCGAUGAACCAGGGGUAUUUAUUUUCAACUUGCUGGAAGGUGGCGUGGCUGCCCGUGAUGGACAGCUUCAGGAGAAUGACCGGGUGUUGGCCAUCAAUGGGCACGACCAUCGGUAUGGCAGUCCAGAGAGCGCAGCCCAGCUGAUACAGGCCAGCGAGAAGCAGGUUCACUUCGUUGUGUCGCGGCAGACCAGGCAGCAGACCCCCGACAUCUUGCAGGAGACGGGUUGGAGUUACAGCGGCGGCAGCCCCCAACCCUGUCCCGCUGAGAGAAACAACGCCGGCAAGAGCGCCCUUCACACCGUCACCUGUCACGAGAAGGUGGUGUCUGUCUGGAAAGAUCACACAGAAUCCCUGGGAAUGACUGUAGCAGGCGGAGCAUCUCACCGGGAAUGGGAUUUGCCUAUCUAUGUGAUAAGUGUCGAACCUGGAGGAGUUAUCAGCAGAGACAGCAGGAUAAAAACAGGUGACAUCCUCCUGAACGUGAAUGGGAUUGACCUGACAGGGGUCAGCCGGAGCGAGGCCGUCGCCCUGCUGAAAAACACCAACUCAUCGGUGGUGCUCAAAGCCCUGGAGACGAGAGCAUGUGAAGCCCAGGAGGAGCGGGACUGCCUGCCGCCCCCUGAGGCCACGCAGGCAACCUCCGAGAGCAGCGAGUGGUCACCUUCCUGGGUUAUGUGGCUGGGGCUGCCACGGUAUUUGUACACCUGCAAAGAUAUUGUAUUACGAAGAAAUACAUCUGGAAGUCUUGGCUUCAGCAUCGUAGGAGGCUAUGAAGAACAUACUGGGAACAAGCCAUUCUUUAUCAAAUCCAUUGUUGGGGGAACACCAGCAUAUAAUGAUGGCAGGAUCAGAUGCGGUGACAUCCUCCUCGCUGUCAAUGGCAGGAACACAUCGGGAAUAAUGCACGCCUGCUUGGCAAGGAUGCUCAAAGAACUAAAAGGAAAAAUUACUCUCACAAUUGUGUCCUGGCCUGGCACUUUUUUAUAAAACAAGUCUUCAUGGAGAGUAUGACAACUAAUUUAACACAGAAAAAAAAAAAAAAAAGGGAACAUCAGUCUUUGCUUUCUGGGGGGUCAAGUAUGUGUUUAUCAAGAAAAGGUUUGUGAAAUUCCAACCUGCAUGUCAAGAAAAGUCAAGUUUAGGCAAAGCAGGGACACCUGUCAGAAAAUCACUUCAGAGCGAUUUAAGGUACAGACUUCAGUCUUUCCUUCCCUGUGUUCUUAAGAGUUUUUUUGUUGUUUUUUUAAUAUACAUAUAUUUAAUGCAUUAUAAUAACAAUGAAAUUUAAGGAGCAGCAGCUCCUGCUCACCCACUUUAUUUUGAUUUACAAAAAGAAAUCCUUGAAUAACUCACGGAAAAAUCUCUUGCAAUUUUUCUAGUUGCAAAAUCAGGUGAAGGUUUUUAUGCAACGCAUUAAUAGCACUUUGAUUACGCGUACCUUUUCAUGGUCAGCAUGAAGCUGGUAUUUUCAAGACUUUCAAGUACUGUUUGUUAGUCUGUAAAACUGUGAAUUAAAUUUCUAAAAUAAUUAAAAAUAACUGUAACUGU